AUGUCAGGCGCAAGGCAUUGGGAACAGGAUAAAGAGGCCACCGUUUAUAUCGGAAACCUUGAUGAACGGGUCUCCGAUAGCCUGGUAUGGGAGCUCAUGCUACAGGCAGGGCGCAUCGUUAACGUUCACCUGCCGAAAGAUCGAGUCACGCAGUCACAUCAAGGAUAUGGGUUCGUCGAGUUCAACAGCGAGGAGGAUGCGGAAUACGCCUCGAGGAUUAUGAACGGGAUUCGUUUAUAUGGGAAGCCAAUCCGCGUCAACAAAGCUUCUGCUGAUAAACAGAAGUCGGUGGAAAUUGGAGCAGAGCUCUUUGUUGGUAACCUUGACCCCAUGGUUACGGAGCAAGUUCUAUAUGAUACGUUCAGCCGGUUUGGUAACCUGGUCAAUUUGCCUAAGGUUGCAAGAGAUGAGAGCAAUCUAUCAAAAGGAUACGGCUUUGUUUCCUUUGCCGACUUUGAGUCUUCGGAUGCCGCCAUAGCUAACAUGAACGGCCAGUAUCUCAUGAAUAAGCAGGUCUCCGUACAAUAUGCUUAUAAGAAAGACGGAAAGGGUGAGCGGCAUGGUGACCAAGCAGAGCGAAUGCUAGCUGCGCAGGCUCGAAGACACAACGUGCAAAUGCCGACUCAGACUCUUCCACCACCAUUCACAGCCCCAACUACCCCUGUUGUACCCGGCGCAAUCCCCAACGUCGAUACAUCGCGACCAAUGAGCGCCGGUCCGUCGGAUCCCGGAAUGGGAAGAGGUCCAAUGCCCCCGCCACAACUCGUCGGCUUUCCACCGAAUAUCGCUUCUCAGCAGCCAUUGGCAAGACAUGGCCCCCCUCCAGUCUCAUUAGCCACCCCACCUCCAGGUCUCCCAGCACGGCCUCCACCCUCGCAGGCAGGGUAUGGGGGUCCUCAAUCCUUUUUACCUCCGGGCUUCAACAAUCCCGGUCAGCAGGUGCCUUUCCCUUCCCAGACUGCCCCACCUCCAGGGUUUGCGCCUCCAGGUUUCGGCCCGCCUCCAGGAAGCUCUGAUGCACCGCCACCAUUGCCUCCUGGAUUUCAACAGCCAGGUUAUGGUAGGGGACGGUGA